CAUAGCGACUCGGUGGGGGAUUUGGUGGCGUUGCUUGUUCGCGGAUGGAGGGAGCAGCUGCUGAUCCCUGACACAUCACCCCCCCCCGCCCUCUCUCACUGCCAUAUUGUUACCGGGACACGGUCCAUGCCGAGUUAAUAAAGAUUACAUGGGUCCGGUAACGGGAAUGACUCCAGAUAAGAACAUAGAAACCCCAGGAGCAGAGAAAGUUGACCUAAGUCAGAUUGACAUAAUGGGUAGUCUGCCAGAAGAGGUUGGUGCGGCUAGGCCAAAGGACUCUGUGGUGGACUCUGGCACAGCAGAUGAAGAGCUGACAAACUUGAACUGGCUUCAUGAGAGUACCAACCUUCUUAACAACUUCAGCCUCGGGAAUGAGGGGCUUGUGGCUGGGAACCCACUUUAUGACAUUGAAGGUGACAAUUCCCCAUCUGAGUGUCAAAACACUGAAAAGUCGUCAGCCUCUUCCAAACCUCCUUAUUCGUUUAGCCUUCUCAUUUAUAUGGCAAUUGAACACUCUCCAAAUAAAUGUCUGCCCGUUAAAGAGAUCUACAGUUGGAUUCUCGACCGAUUUCCGUAUUUUGCCACUGCCCCCACUGGUUGGAAGAACUCCGUAAGACACAACCUUUCCCUCAAUAAAUGUUUUCGGAAAGUUGAAAGAAGUCAUGGAAAAGUUAAUGGGAAAGGCUCUCUGUGGUGUGUUGAUCCAGAAUACAAACCCAAUCUCAUACAAGCACUGAAGAAGCAACCAUUUUCAGCAGCGCUCGCGUUGUAUACUCCUCCUGCCUCACCUACAAGUGCUUCAACACCUCCACAUUGUCUAACCUCUGCAAUAAAACCGAAUCAAGGACGUUCUGUGAAAGAUUCUGACAUUGAUGCUGCCACUGCAAUGAUGCUGUUAAACAGUUCCAUCAAGCAAGAAGCUUUAGAUUGUGUUUGCUGCAGUAUCAGAGAAGAUGUUAAGAUGAGUGUUAUUGAUGGCCCUAAACCUCAGCCUCUGAAAGUGAUGUUGCCCAAGAAACGCAGCUAUGCUGGCGCAUUCAAACAUUGCGCUUCUCUAACUUUUCAAGAAAAUGAUUCUGUGGCCAUUAAUAUUGAUCCCAAGGAGGAUCACAAUUACAGUGCAAGUGGCGCAGACUCUCAGCGUUGCGAAUCCCGGUCAAGCGUGUCUUCCUUGUCAUCCGUCGAUGAGGUGUACGAAUUUAUUCCAAAGAACAGCCGGGCAGGAAGCGACGGCAGCGAAGGUUUCCACAGUGAGGACGAUACGGAUAUGGACUAUGAAGAAGAUGCCCUUGGCGAUAGCGGCUAUGCAUCCCAGCCAUGCAAGAAAACCUCAAGCAAACAUCUGCAUGGUAAAAAGCUUCGGAACGAGGCGUGCCAAGAUAUUGACGAAGAGCUGAAGGAAGCAGCCGGUUCUCUUCUCCACCUGGCUGGAAUACGCACAUGCUUAGAUUCACUUUUAAAAACUGCUAAAGCCCAGUCACAGAAACACAGAAAAUAGUAACUCUGUCAGCCUGUAACAUUUUGCUAUAUAUAUUUUCUCCUUCCCACUGCCCCACUGCCACAAAGCGUGGCAAUAUUUUUGACUAUUGUUCUUCGUGUAGGAGAUCAAAGCCAUAAAAGACUUGUGAGGCAUAUAUAUAAUAUUAUAGUUUUCCCCAAUUUGAUCUGUUUUAUUUUGUUGUCUCUCUACAUUACUGCCUUAGCUUAAUACACAGAAUUUAUUUCAACACAGUGGGAAUGCAUGAAAGGCUAAUUUCCCCAAAAUAAGCUAUUUAAAUCCCUCUGUAAAAAUCUUUCCAGGGCAAAGGAGUCCUUGAAUUGUUACCCAACCUUUACUGAAAGCUGCUGACAAAACGCUGACUGCUGUAUGUCCGUCUUUUUGCCAUGUUGUGACAAAGUGAUAAAAAUAGCAGUAUUCACAAUCCAUUUGCCAACUAUUUAUAUGCAGGGCAGGUUAAUAAUAGGUGCCGAAAGCACACUCGAAAUGUAAUAUUUGUAAGGAUUUCUUUUAUUUUUAUUUAUUUAAAAAAAAAAAUUAAAAAAAAAUGUGUACAUCUCCCCCACCUCCUCCUUUUAAAAGUGGUUUGGAAAAUGUACACAUAGAGAAUGAAGCUGCCCAUAUCAUUAUCUUAAAUUCUUCUUGCGGAACUUGAACCUACCACUGCCAUAAACCACGAUACACAAUGAUGUUCCUUUGUAGUCCAUUUUUUAACUUUGUAGGUGACUGUACUAUUGCUCAUUUCAGUGUUUCCCAUUGUCCCAUUGUGUGUCUUUAAUUUUGUGUAUGGUUUUGUUUAUUUUUGUUGUUUGUUUUUUGGCUUUGUAUUUCCUGUUAGCGGAGUGAGAGUGAAUGAAACACAUUUUACCGCAUGUAUCUUAAGAUGUCUCAAAAGAUAUUCUCUAUUUAUGAAUGCAAUACAAAAUGUCUGCAUGCAUAUUAGAAUAAGGUUUUGUUAUCUUACAUCUCAGCACUUAGAAUCCAGUACAUAGUUUGUGAGCUAUUGGAGACCAUUCUUUAUAUUGAUGUAUGUGAUUUUAUAAUGCUGACUGUUUGACAGGUUAACUUAUUCAACAUCAGAUUGCUGUAGUGCAGCAGACAAGCUGCCUCUUAUAUGUUGAACAGGGUAUUUUCUUCAUUUAGAAACCAAGGGCAUAUGCUUCUUUUGCCCUCAAUGUCAUCUGUGUGGCUUGCUAUUGGGAAAUAAAAUGCUUAAUUAUACCCCUGCACAAUGCAUAGCAAAUACUCAAAUCCUUCUUAAAACACCACUGCCUUGAGUACCGUAAUAG